AAAAUGGCGAACGGAACAAACCUUGUGGACAGCGAAUACAAAGAAAAUUUGAGUGAAGGGGAGACAACCAGCAGUGAGGAUGACACUACAGAGCUAAGAAGUGAAGCACAUGUUAAACCAUCGGCACCCACAUCAAAGAAAGAUAAGAAAAAACAUAAACACAAACAUAAACACAAACAUAAGCAUGGAAGUGACAGACACAAGCACAAGCACAAGCGUAAGAAGCAUAAAACUGAUAAAACUGAAGAAAAUCCUCAUCCAAAAAAGAAAAUGCGUCUUGAAGACAGUGAUUUAGAAAAACUAGAGGCUGCUAGAGAAGCUCUGAAAGCAGUUCUGAAUGCUGAAGGGGACGAAUCAAUGGUUAAUUCCAUGAACCUUAUCGCACAGGGUUAUGCAGAUAGUGAAGAGGAGGAAGAAGAAGAAGGGGAGAUUGAUCAUGAGGAAACAAAGGCAGAAAAAGUGAAAAGACGGGAAUGGCAAAUGUUGGAAAUGGCUUUAGCAAAUAAAAGGAAAGAGACGGAAGAAAUCGAGGCAACUUCAGAUAUUGAAAUUACUGGUGUAGAAAAUAUGAAAAAAUCAAAUUCUGGUAGCAAAAAGGGUAAAAGAAGUGAUAGUAGUCAUAUACGAAAUGAAAGUAAAGACAGGAGAAACAAAGAGAAAAAAGACUCAAGUAGAAAGAAAAUAUCAAGGAGUAAGUCUCCAAAAGGGAGACAUGACAAUCAUACCACUGAUAAAGAUCGUGAUCACAAAAGUGAACGUGAUGAUAGGGCAUACAGGAUGGAACGCAGCAGACCUACAAGUAGGUCACCCGUCCGACGAAGAUCUCCCAAAGAGAGAGAAAUUUCACCCCGCAAGGAAAGUAGCAGAAUGGAUGAAAGGAGAGUCAGAGAAGAUGAGAGAGACAUAGAGUGGAAAAGGAAGCGAUCACCCGAAAGACGAUCUUCUUCUUUACGACAAUCUUCUCCAUCUCGACGACCAUCUCCCGGUCGACGAAGUCCUCCCAGACGAUCUCCACCUGCUCGACGAUCUCCACCUGCUCGACGAUCUUCACCUAGCCGAAGAUCUCCUUUGCGUCGACUUUCCCCUUCACAACGUUCUUCACCAACACGAAGAAGAUCACCUGAUCGGAGGUCUCCAGGAAGGUUAGGGGAUAGAUUUAGGAGGUCUCCUGGAAGGAAUAGACGAACAUAUGACACUGAUAGAAGCAGAGAUCGCCGUGGACGGCGAAGUAGAUCACGUGAUCGACACAAUCGGUCAAAAGACAAACCUGAAGACAAGUUUAAAGGAAGUCUGUCGGAGGGCAUGAUAAAGGGCAAGGAAGAAUCUGACGAGGAAUUAGACCUUGAUUUCUCGAGUGAUGAAGAUGAUGAGGAUGCACUGAUAGAGAAAAGGCGGAAAGAAAGGGAGGCUUUAUUACAGAAACUGAAACCUGUGGUAACAGAGGAUAAUGAGGAGGAUAGUCGUCUGACCACAGAUGGUGGGGAGACCAUGGCCACCCACAGUGGUAGUGACUCUUCUUCCUCUUCUGACAGUGAUGACCUUGUAGGUGAGGAGGACAUAUACGACUUUGAGGAGUCCAUGGACAAAAAGAGGGAAACAUUGCAAGAUGUCACAGCAAUCAACACCAAGGGAGAAAAGGCCGUGUCAGAGCCAGAGAAGUCUGCACUCAAGAAGUCGGAUAUGUUCUCUGAAACCACAGAUAUGUUCAAUGAAAAUUACAUCUUCAAUCAAAGUCCAAGUAGUGCUUACCAGUUUAUGUCAUCUGCUCAUGAAAAUGCAAACCUCACAGACAACUGGGAUGAUGCCGAGGGUUACUACAGAGUACGUAUUGGUGAAAGCCUGGACAAACGUUACACAGUGUUUGGUUUUACGGGACAGGGGGUGUUCAGUAACGUAGUACGGGCCCGUGACACUGCCAGGACUGGACAAGAUGUGGCUAUAAAAAUCAUCAGAAACAAUGAAAUGAUGCACAAGACAGGUCUGAAGGAACUUGAAUUUUUGAGGAAGCUAAAUGAUGCUGAUCCAGAUGAUAAAUUCCACUGCUUGAGGUUGUACAGACACUUUUUCCACAAAAACCAUCUUUGCCUUGUGUUCGAAUCUUUGAGUAUGAACCUUAGAGAAGUCUUGAAGAAAUACGGGAAAGACAUUGGCCUACACAUCAAAGCAGUACGUUCCUAUGCCCAGCAACUCUUUCUGGCCCUCAAACUCCUGAAGAGGGCUAGCAUCCUCCAUGCCGACAUUAAACCUGACAAUAUUCUGGUGAAUGAAUCUAAAUUACUUUUAAAGUUGUGUGACUUUGGCUCUGCCUCCCAUGUUUCUGAGAAUGACAUUACACCAUAUUUGGUGAGUCGUUUCUACCGAGCCCCGGAGAUCAUCAUUGGAAUGGGGUACCAUCACAGUGCUGACCUGUGGUCUGUAGGGGCUACCAUCUUCGAGCUGUACACAGGUAAAAUCCUCUUCCCUGGCUCCUCUAACAACGAGAUGUUAAAAUAUAUGAUGGACGUUAAGGGCAAGAUGCCCAACAAGAUGAUCAGGAAGGGUAUGUUUAAGGACCAACAUUUUGAUCCCAGCUACAACUUCCUGUACCACGAAGUGGAUAAAGUGACACACAGGGAGAAGGUGACAGUUCUGAGCAUGAUCAACCCAUCGAAGGAUCUUCUGGCAGAGCUGAUUGGUUAUCAGCGUCUCCCUGACGACCAGCUGAGGAAGGUGACACAACUGAAGGACCUUCUUGAAAAGGUUCUUAUGAUGGACCCUAGUAAGAGGAUCACCAUUAACCAGGCUCUCACUCACCCUUUUAUUCAGGAGAAGAUUUAGGCCAUUUUUACGAUGUGAUGACAGCUACCUUGACUCUUGAUACUUGAGAUAGUGGACUGAUAAGUUUUUGGUUAAGAAAGACAAAAUGAUUGACUGGUAAUUUUGGAAAUAUUUUGUCAAAUGUGAUGUGAAUUUACAAACACAGGUGAACCUAUACCGUGGAAUAUUCCCCUUACAUUGGAAUAUAUGACUCCAUGGAAAGUUACAAAAUGUUUGUGGCGGUAAGAACGAAAUGUUAGUGGUGGUAAAAUAUGAUACCUGAGUUACGUGUUUUUCUUACAGGGAUCAAUGUUGCUGUUUUUCUUCUAUAUACACCAAGUUUACAUUUGAAACUAACACAGAUGUGAUAUUCUUGUAAAAGGAUGAAGAAAGGUGAUUUUGUUCAUAAUUGAUACCAUGCACUGUAUUACACAUUAUGAUAAUUAUGUGUUUACAUUUCAGUGAAUGAAACAACAGAUAUGUUCCAUGAAAUCAAAGAUGAUGUGAUGGACCAAUCACAGAGCUUGUAUUAUGUUUUGAUGGAAGGCUGUGAUUAUGAAUGGACCAAUCACUCACCUUGUUAAUUGUAAUGAUGGAAAAGGUUUUUCAAAGGUCAGGCAAGCUUAGGCCAGACCUACUUCUUACUGCCGUUGACAACUUAGGUUGUCAUAUAACUCAGAUAAGUCUUUACACUUUACAUAUCAUUAUCAUUAACCAUUUUAGAACACAAAUUAGCCAUCUUACAGGGAAAAAAACUAGAUUUGAUCACUUUACUGUUUUAAGGUACCAAAACAAUUUCUAUACAUGUAGUAGGGGAAGAAAAGACAGAGCUAUUGUCCAUUUGAUAUCAGAAAUAAUUCAUCAUUGUUCAAACAAGUGUCUCGUACAUUGUGCCAAAUGUGAAUUGUAGACUACUGUUUACAUGGCUGUGGUAUUAUGUUAUUAAGGUCUGUUCUAACUUUUUAAGUCUGUAGCCACCAUCUGUAUUUGUUAUAUUGAAUUCGGAGAGGUGAAAAUCUCUAAAAUUGUAUAUUUCUUUCCGUUUGGACAGAUACAACUAUGGAUUAAAAUUUCCAAGCCGUUUCUUAAGUUUUCCUGUUGUAUUGAGUGGUAACUACAUUUCUUACUCGUGAGAUUUUGAUUUACAUUCCAAUAUUUUCUUAGAAUAUUGCCUUUUCUACUGAAUUGGAAGUCUUGUUUUCUCCAGAAACUCUUAAUUUGCAUCUUUAAAUAAUAAGUAUACACUGUACAUGUACAUGCAUAUUUACUCUUUAUUCCUUCAAAUGUGCAGUGCGUUUCAUAAAUGACUCAUUGUUGAAACUGAUCAAAGUUAUGAAAAUUACUGUAAAAAACUCAUAUAUGAUUUACAUCUUAAUGAUUAUUAAGAACUGGAGUAAAGCAAUAAUCUUUCAAAGAAAAUAUGAAGUCUGUGGAAAAAAAAAUCCUAUUUCCUAGUAACCUAUUGUUCAAAAAAAACUUUUGAGAAUAUUACACAAAUUCCAAGAGAAGUGUUACAUAAGAUUUUGACUUUAUCAUGGGUUAACUGGAUUGAUGCUGUACAAAAGAGUUGAUGACAAAACAUGUUGUUAAUACCGGGAAGAAUCCUUCUCAGAUAGUGUAAUUCUUCUCUUUUGCAUCCGUCUGGUUCGAGAGCUGUUCCCUCUUCAGAAGCGACUGGUCACGCAAUUAUAGCUACAAUGGCAGCCCAUGUUACCAUGGAAACAGGGAGUCAGUCAACUAUGACAGAUCAUGUAAUGUUACCCGUUCCUGGACAUGACAGUCUUAUUUAUUGACAUGCAUGACUAAAUAUUUUAUUACAUUGUGCCCAUUCACUUUUGUUUCAGAAACUGUCUGAUUUGUAAUAUGCACAAGGGUCAGAUUUAGUUGAAACAGAUACAUGCAUGAGAAAUUUUGUUAUCAUUCAUAUUCCAAAGGGAAAAAACUGCACAGACCACCACCCCUUUGAAUACCAAUGAUUGAAAAAUUUAACAAGAAUGAGAUAGUUUUAUGAAGUUUACUUUAAAAUAUUAAAUAGAGGCAAGAAUCGUAUUUAACAAGAAUGAAAUAGUUUAACCAAGUUAGCACCUUAAUUCAACAAGAAUGAGAGACAAUAAAACUCACUCGGUCAAACAGGCUUGAAUUGAAUACAUCAGAUAAGUCUAAUGUUUUGUUUGGUUCUGAUUUUUCCUCUUCUUUACCAUAGUAAAUUGAAAACAGAUGAUUUAAAUACUGCGUUUGUGUCGAAAAUACUAAGUAUAUAUUUAUGUAGUUUUAUAAGUAUACAUAGAAAGAUUAGAUAGAGCAAAGAAUCGUCAUGUAACAAGAAUGAGAUAGCUUUAUAAAGUUUACAUAGAAAGAUUAGAUAGAGGAAAGAAUCGUGUUAUUCUAUAAGUGAUCUUAUUAUCUAGUAUAAUGUAAACAUGUUCGAUUUAAAAUUAUAUAAUAUAUUAAUAACUUUUCAUGCACUUGUCAAUAAUCCAGAACAUAAACAAAAGAAAUAAAUUUGAUAUUUUUUUAAGUAAUAUCUCGAUUAAAAAUAUGAAAAAUUACCCUAGAAGUACCUCCUUUAGUAUGUAAUCGAAUAAUGAAAAUAAAGCUACAGGUUUUCUAGAGCAGCAUGUGACGCUAAACGAGGAUGCUAUGUUGUCAUAGUAGGUCUGAUGCUUAAAUUGUCUAAAAUUGAAUCUUUUAUCCCAAGACACGAUGUUCAAUACAAGUGUUGCACAUAUAAGGUUUGUAUCGCCUAUGUUUUUGUUGGAAUGAUGUCUGAUUAUCAUACUGCAUGCUCAACACUUGAUUGCCUUAAUAUUGAAGGGAAAAUAAUUCUUUAACAGAAGAAAAAACUAUUAAUUAUCCAUAUAGCAAACUUUGAUGCUUCCAAUAUACCCUGCAGAUGCCAAACUUUGGUGUACCCUUCUCAGGCCUCUGAUGUUCAUUUGAAGAUUAAGGGGGCUCAUAUACAUACCAUAUAAGAAUUUUUUUUCAAAAGUUCAAAAGCAUCAUUCAAAUGUUCAAAUAGGAAAUUUUUAUGUUGAAAAAGAAGCUAUUGGCUAAAAGGCAUUUAAAACAUUUCUCUUAUAAACAACGGAGUUAAAAAUCGGAGAAAUGUUUUCAGUGAUAUAGCAAUACAAGUUGAAAUAAGAGAAAAGUUUUUGGUGAGCCCCCUUAAAGUGUUGUUAAUAAGGCAUAUUACUGGUGACUUGUUUUUGUUUUCUAGGUGGCACGUCCUCCUACGGAGCCAGGACUUGACUUCUCAAGGUUGUUCAUCAAUCCCUCUGACACCUACAGUAUCUUCACCGUAUAUUUCUUACAAUUAAACACAAUUGUUUAUCGCUUCACUACAAUGUAUUUUUGAGGACAUGAAUACUUUUCAUAAAUGAAAAUAAUCUGAGUGAUUAUUUGAUAGCAAUUUAGAGUUUUUUGGAUCUUUUUAGUGAAAUAUUUGAAUAUUGAUAUGCUGAAAGAAGGUUUGAAAGGAGCGGUAAACAAAUAUAAAUUGGAAAUUAUAAGGCAUUUAGUUUGACGCUAUAAAUUUUACUGACAGUAAACUUUUUUUCAUAUGUUUGAUAUAUAUAUUUACCCAUUGAAAUUUGGAUCAUUUUGGCCUAUUGAAUUGUUGAUAUCUUCAUAAAUCAUCAGCAUUUUACUUUGAAAGCCAUGCAAUUAAAUUUUUUCAGAAAUAUGUUUUGAAAGAGUAACUACAGAAUAAGAUUUGUUGGUAUAAUGGAUGUUUUUUUACAAUUGUUUUAACACAGGUGACGAACAGGUAAGUAUUUCAGUAUUUUUUUUCUGUCUUUUAAUUGACCUUUUUCUUUUCUAGGUAAGAAAUUUUCCUCAUUCAUCUUCAAAUGUUCAGAGAUAACUACUGUCCUUCCGUGCCAAAGUUAAAGGAAACUGGAACAAUUCUUCUAUCAGAAAUGCUGGACCUUGGGAAUCUCCAUUUUUCCAACGGAUUCUGUUGAAACAUUAAGAUUGAUUACAUUGACAAAGACUGUAGACACAUACAUUCUAUCAUCAGUGGCAUUAGCAGUGUCUGUGCAUGAGAACUUUGAUAAACAAGUAUCUUUGAUAAGGAUGGAUUUUUCUGUAUUGUUUAUAAUCAAUAUAAAUUUGUUGCAAUGCAA